GAUUAUAUUAUAGGCAGCUGUCGUCACCGUUAUGGCAUGAAGGGAAAUUUGCAGGAUAGUGACAGGAGCACCCGCUGCUGGUCAAAAAAUCACAGCAGGACAGCCGUGUGAAAACUGACUAAUUUUGAAACCGAAAGUCGGUCCUUAUAUUCAGAGGAGGACCGAUAGGAGAGUCUCAGAGUGGAAUGAACUCAGACGGAGAACACAUACAGACCAGCGAUGAAGACAGGCUUGUAGUUUUGAGCUAUUCCUAACGGAGCUGAUUUAAUCCAAGCAAACUUUGGCUGAUAAAUUCUUACAUUUCUACUCAACUUUAAAAUCAAAAGCAUGAAUGCUGUAAAUUCUGUGCAACUGUUCAUUGUGGUUUUGACUGUUACUGCUGUCUGUGGAGCUGAUGAUGAUGUCUGCAGUGUAAGCUGUGAGGAUGUGACUGGAGAUGUGGGGAAAGAAGCAAAUCUCACCUGCAACGUCUCUCAGAAGUGCUCUGAAUGCUGCAUUAGAAAGUAUAGGUUUCAAUACCCUGAGAAAUAUGACUCAACAAUCUGUAGAGAAGAUCUUCCUCAGGGCUCCUGUGAACAGAGAAACAGCUUCACAUGCAGAUACACUCCAACUACAGAAAUGAUGAGACAAUUCAGAUUCUUGGUGCAAACAAUCAAGUGUGGACCAAUAAAAACAGAAUCGACUGUGAACAAAGCAGAUGGUUGCAGUGUAAGCUGUAAAAAUGUGACUGUGGGGAAAGAAGCAAAUCUCACCUGCAGCGUCUCUCAGAACUGCUCUGAAUGCUGCAUUGAAAAAUAUAAGUUUUAUUACACUGAGAACUAUAAUGACAAUAAAUCAAUCUGUAGACAAGAUCUUCCUCAGGACCCUUGUGAACAGAGAAACAACUUCACAUGCAGAUACAAUGCAACUAAAGCAAUGACUGGACGAUUCAAAUUCUUUGUGCAAACAACGUGUGGACUGAAAAGCACAGAAUUCACUGUGGACAUAACAGAGCACAAUAAACAAACUGGCUCUGAAGAUCCUGGAUCUACAGCCCCUAUGUUCACUGGUGCUGUUGUUGGCUGUUUCAUCAUCAUCAUCAUCAUCUUCAUCAUCGGGAUAUCAGUCUCUUGUGUAAAGAGGUUCAAAUGCUCCAACCCUUCUGGAUUACAGAUGAAAUAUGAAAGAGGUGCUUCUGAAGAACCAACAAUGACAACAGUAAAAGAUCAGAAUGAAACAGAAUGAAAGUUGUGAAUUUUGUUUCAUUUUUCAUGUAAAGAUCCAGUGUUAGCGUCAGUUCUGGCAGGUCACAUCAGUCAAGCUCACAUCAGCUGACUCCCAGGUGACCUAUAGGAAUAUGAUGCCUAUCACAGCAUCCAUAUAUAAGCUCCUCAGUAUUAUCAGCAGCUAUUGCAUUUCUCAGGAGCAAACUACCCUCCUCCAUCCCCAGCUCCUCCUCUCUUUAGUCAGGAUCAGCCUUAUUAUUCUCCUAAUCAGACUAAUUCUUGAAAUAUGUGUACAUGUUAAAUUAUGACAUUUGAUGAUUUCUGCAUAUGUUGGUUCUGUUCUGUUUACCCUAGGGGGGUUAUUGCUGCUCUCCCGGCUCUUAUCCAUACUAGGCUGCAUGGAUGCACAGGGAGUUCUUGCCCAGAACAGAACCAUACCGCCAAUACAAACUCUAUGCAUUAUCAAUCAUAUUUGACGAUAGUGGUCCUGACAGAAAUAAUGUAAAGGUGCUGUUUAUACGACACUGUUUUCAACUAAAAACUAAUUUUUUAUGUGUUUUUUGGCCAUUCAUUUAUACAACAACAGCGUUUUGGUGGCCUGAAAAAAUCAAAUUUUUGAUAAUGAUACUGUCAUAUCCGUGUAAACUACCAAAACAUGAAUUUGUGAAAACGUGAUUUCAUGCACAUGUGUAUUACAUGUUUAGUCUAUCCACCUUAUAGGCCUUUAUCACACUUCCGUGUUCAAAGCGGAAGCUUCAAAUUGUAUCAAUGGCUGUGCCCACAGCACGGGAUUGUUUUGAUUUAUGUAAAAUUCAGCACAGAUACUUCUUAUACAACCUCAGUUUAUUGUGAAUCAGAGAAAAAGGGUGUCAUGAUAUUCAGACGGUUAUUUCGUGAUUUAAAGGGGAACGUGCAAGCCAUACUGUAUGUGUAUGUGCAGAGUCUGAUCACCUUAUUUUAUUGCAAAACUGCAAGAAUACAAAAUGCAAACAACAUAUCACGUUAAAGAGCAUUAGAAUUAGACAAAUCAUAAAAUAUAAUGUCUAUUUUGGGGGGUGGGGUAUUAAAUUAAAGGUUUAAUUAAAGUGCAUUUACUUACUUUCAUGCAUCUACUUAAUGCAAUAAUCAAUAAUUAAAUCAAAGUUGUUUAAAUAAAGGAAUAUUUCCAGCCCAUAGACGAUUGUUAAAAAAUAAUUGGUCUGAUCAUCAUAAAUAAGUCAUAUCGUCCAUAUUUGAGUACAGUGAUUGGAUAGUGUUAUACUCUAGACAAUAAUGGCUGGUAAUAUAAUGCAAAAAUGAACAAAAUAAAAUUAAAUCAGUCUAAUGGUUCCUCUGUAAGUAACUUGAGCUGCGCGCUGCUUGUUAAUCUCCUCAUGACUG